GCUAUGCACUGGACAAGAAAGUAGUCAAAAGCAAGGUGGGGGAAAAAAUCGGCCUGCCUUGCUGUUAUGAAAUUCCCAGCUCAGAAACCCUGCGUAAUUACCGAGUCUACUGGCAGAAGAACACUACGGAGGUAGUGCUUGCCUACGCAGAGGGGGAGAAGAUCUCCAAGCACAAUCGGUAUGAGAACCGGACAGAGAUGGACUCCAGGAAUCUCACCCUGUGGAUCUCCCCCGUGGAAAUCCUGGACAAUGGCCCUUACCAGUGUAUAGUUCAGCACCUCAGAGUUUUGCAGAACCCAACUGUUGUGUGUGAUAAGUCUGUCGCCCUCUUUGUUACAGCUGACUUCAGUAAGCCGAACAUAACAGCAGAAGCAUCCGCUAAUUCUUGUGAAUGGACCGAGAUGGUGGUAAGAUGUUCUUCUCAUGGAGGUUUCCCCAAACCCAAAAUCUCUGGAGCCCUCAACAAUGAGUCUGUGGUGUGGAAUGCCAGCUGGGUGUCCGAAUCCAGCCUCAGCCCAUACAACGUUACUGGCAAACUGCGGCUCAACGUGACCAAAGACGUCAGCAUCACUUGCUCCAUUGAAUACAAUGGCUUUGCCAAGUCCACCAGUUUGCUUCUGAGAAAAACAGGCAUCUGCGUUGUCCCUACUGUGCCUCCAUCUUAUAAUGUCAUUACUGCUUCAAGUAUCAUCAUUAUCAUCUUCCUUUUGGCUAUCAUCCUAGCAGCAAGAUACCUCCGAAGGCACGUCUGUUCUCACUGUUGUAAGCCUCAGGAUUCAGUGGAAGAGGGUGUGAAAGAAUGUACAAAGCCACCCGUGAGCUUUAAAGUGACAUCUGAAACGUCAUCUGUAUGA